GCCGCUGUCGUGCCCCACCUCACCGAGGUGGCCUCUCCCGAGUCCGGACGCCGGAGGGAGUGAGCGGCCCGGCCCGGCUCGGCUCGGCUCGGCCUGGCCUGGCUUGCGGAGCCGGUAGCGUGACCGGCCGCCAGGUGAAGGGCUCUGCGAGGGCUGAGGUGUGUGCUGCCACUCUCCCUGCUCUCCUUUGGAUCUAGCUUGCCUGGCAUGCGGUAUCUAUAGAUGCCUCUGUACUACCCUGUCUGGCUGUGCAGAAGAAAAGUCCAGAGAUCCCUGUGGGAUGUGGCCGUGGCUGGACUCUUGAUGAUGCCGUGUUUUUCAAUGAGGGUGGAGCAGAAGCUGGACUUCACUUGGUUGCCCUACGCCCUCUGAAGGAGCAGUCAUGUCGGUGAUGGUGGUGAGGAAGAAGGCGAUGCGGAAAUGGGAGAAGCUGCCAGGCAGGAACACCUUCUGUUGCGAUGGUCGGAUCAUGAUGGCCCGCCAGAAGGGCAUCUUCUACCUGACACUCUUCUUAAUUCUUGGCACCUGUGCCCUCUUCUUUGCUUUUGAGUGUCGCUACCUGGCAGUUCAGCUGUCUCCAGCCAUCCCUGUCUUUGCAGUAGUUCUUUUCCUAUUCGCGAUGGCUAUGCUUCUGCGGACAAGUUUCAGUGAUCCUGGUGUGAUCCCCAGAGCCCUGCCUGAUGAGGCAGCCUUCAUUGAAAUGGAGAUUGAGGCCACCAAUGGAACUGUGCCUCAGGGUCAGCGCCCGCCUCCACGUAUCAAAAACUUCCAGAUCAACAACCAGAUAGUGAAGCUGAAGUACUGUUAUACGUGCAAGAUCUUCCGGCCCCCCCGUGCCUCGCACUGCAGCAUCUGCGACAAUUGUGUGGAGCGCUUUGACCAUCACUGCCCCUGGGUUGGGAACUGCGUGGGGAAGAGGAACUACCGCUACUUCUACCUCUUCAUCCUCUCGCUCUCACUCCUCACCAUCUACAUAUUCACCUUCAACAUCGUCUACGUGGCGCUCAAGUCCCUGAAGAUUGGCUUCCUGAACACGUUGAAAGAGACCCCUGGAACGGUCCUGGAGGUGCUUAUCUGUUUCUUCACCCUCUGGUCAGUGGUGGGGUUAACCGGAUUCCACACCUUCUUGGUGGCUCUGAACCAGACGACCAACGAAGACAUUAAGGGGGCGUGGACUGGGAAGAACCGGGUGCAGAAUCCCUAUAGCCAUGGGAACAUUGUGAAGAACUGCUGUGAAGUGCUGUGUGGGCCACUGCCCCCCAGUGUGCUGGACAGACGGGGCAUCUUGCAGCAGGAGGAGAGCGGUGCGCAGGGGGACAGCAGCACGCGGGGGCCCAGCACUCAGGAGCCCGGCGCACUGGAGAAGAGCAGCACUCAGGAGCCCGGUGCUGCUCAGGUGCUCAGUGCGCAGGCAGUGGGCAGCACUCGGGAGGGCAGCAGCAGCCCCACGCGUCAAAGUGCAGUCCCCAUGCUGCCGCUGAGCCCCACUGGGAUGCCAGAGGAGACUCAACCUUCUGCUGUGGAGCUCCCAGCACAGACCCGGGACGAUGGGCCAACUGAGCACUAACCUCUGCUCAAAAGGAGAACAUUGUUUGUUCUGUCCAAUCAAUGCCAGAAGUGAUUGCCAGGCGGAGAAGGCCGGCUGGCUGGCAGGCAAGCAGACCACCCCUCACUGAGGGGAGCAGAUGGGCUGGCUGGCAGGCAAUUCCUCAUGGCCAUUUUGCUUUAGUCUUUAUUCACCUUGAUUGUGGACAGGAGUGCGCCUGGCCCAGGUCAUUGCCAAUGGAUUCAAAGAGUGAGCAGAGCAUGUCAGUCAUUGGUACAGACCUUUACCCUUGCAGCUGGUCUCGGAACAGGCUGAAGUAGGACUUCUCACUCUGCAGUUGGUCCUUAGUGCUAAAUGCUAGCCUGGCCAUGGCCCUCUCUUUCUGCCCCAGCAGUCAUCUCUGACGUCGGCAGCUGCCCUGCAGUGGAGUGGCAGGAUUGAGGAAUCAUGAUGUGAAGGUGACUGUGACCAUGGCAGUGUUCGUCUCUCUCCCUCCCCCUUCUCCCUCCGUCUCUGGCAUUAUUUUAUUGUGUAAGGUGGUGGGGUGGCCAGGAAAUACUGUCUUGGUGCCAACAGGGCCAGAAACACCUGGGCAGGCAAUCCACCUGGAGAUGGUUUUCUGUAGCUUCCUUCCCAAACUUCCCCAUUAGUGACUAGCAGGCAUUAGAGGUCCUUGAACAGUCAUGGAGUGGGCAGCCUCCUUUGCCCUUUGGGGAGUGCACCUUUCACUGCAGGAGUGUCAGGGGAGAGCAAUGCCGGGGCAGAGCUCGCUACUCUCUGGACCCUGCACCAGCUGCAGAGCAGUUGCACCAGGGAAUCACGAGGGAAGAGCCCUCUUGGGUCAUUUGCACUCUGUUCCUGGGGCCAGGGCAGGAUUUGUUCCCUAGUGCCUUGUCAACUCUUGUGUUUGCUGCCCCAGGCAGUGGGGCUUCCACCCCUUGGCUGGGGAGGCUGUGCCCCCAUUGAAGUAAAUGGUGAAAAGCUCUUUCCCUCUCUCUGCCCUGGUUGGCUCUGAACUCCCUUUGUCAGGAGGAGCCUAGGCCUCACUGCAGCAUUCCAGGGCCCCCACGUGCUUUUCCACCUGGAGCAGCUCUGGCUGCAAAGGGUUCCGCCAGCUGGGGCAGGGGACAGGCGGGCCUUUCACGGGGGCUGUUGCCUUGGGAGAAGGAACUCUAUGGAGUCUGACUCCUUUCUCCUCCUGUCUGCAUGAGCGAGGCUCCUGGGGGCUCCCAGUCUCAGCUCGAGGGCUGCUGUGAGGCAGCUUAGCCAUCUCCUUUGUGCCAUCUUCCCUUCCGUCUGCCACCAAGAGAUGUUGGGUGUGGCUAAAAGGAGGAGCCCUUCUGUGGCACCCCCCAUGCGCCCCUGGGGGAGGGGUGUCCCCUUCCCGUCUGUCUGUUGUAAUUCCCAGUCUCUGCUUAGGGGAAAUGCCUGAUUCUGCUCAAGAGGGCACUCUUAUUCUCUUAUUCCGUGCCACUUGUGGUAUGUCCUAGGGUGAGACCCUGGCGUGGAGGGAGGGCGGUAUUGGGGUCACCGAGGCGUCUGACCUGCUUCCCCCCAAGCUUGAGGCAGGAGCCCCCCCAUCUUGACCCACAUUUACUGGCCUGUUAUUAACUAGUUCUCAGAACGGUCUGUCUCAGCUGGCAUUGGAGGUGAUCCUAGCAUGAGAGACCUGCACUGUGCCCUGUCUCCCAGCACUCCCCGUACAGCAGGUGUGUGCUGAGAGUCCUGAAGGGCAGUGCUCUGCAGAGUAGAGGGGAGGUUGGAGCUGCCCUACCUCUCUGGCUUGAGGGCAGCACUGUUGAGAUCUGGGUGCAGGAUCCUUCCUGUUCCUCCCUUGGCUGUGUGGCCUGGCUUCUUGUCCCAUUCAGCCUUAAAGCUCCCACUCUAUGCUGGCUUGAUGCAAGUGGGAUGGCCAGGGUAGAAGGCACAGAGGCAUUCCCACUUACCCCCCCAUCUCUAUAGUUGAGCACAGUUCAAAAUUGCUGCCUCCCUUAGCUCCAGCUGGAGUGUGUUGUCCCCUCGAGAACUGUCCCCUCUUCCCCUGCUGGGAGAGCUCAGAGGAGGAGCCUUGAGUCUGGCUGGCCCCUCUGAGUUCACCCACCCUGUGCCAGGUUCUGGGCUCUCCACAUCCCUCCCCACGGAAGCCUUAGUCCUGUGGGUGGGACUUGUCCCGGCUGCAUAGGCUCAGCGCUCUGCCACUCCAGUGGUGCUCCACUCCCUGCCCAUGCUAGUGCCCCCUGCCUGGUGGGGACUGUGUUGGAGGCUACAGCCAAACUUUUCCACCUGCCCCCAACAUGCUACCGACCAAAUCUCAAACUUGUUGCAAAAAAUGUAUUUUUGUUUUUACUAAUCUAUUUUCUGAUGUACUGUGUCAAACUCUGCCUACUGGAGGGGCCCUCUGGUACCUCUUGCACGGUGGCUCCUUGUCUGAUCCGUUAAGUUUCUCAAUGAAGGAAGUUUUUUUUUGUUUUUUGGAUUUUUUAAACAAAUGAAGGAAUCCUAAUCAGUUCGAAAGCCUCUGA